GUAAAUAGUCGUAACAACCUCUCAGUGAAUCAUAACUUUGUAGUUCGUUGUUUUGAAAGGACCAUGAGAGCCUUAUUAAUUUUAAAUUUUAUUUGGAUCUUUUCUCCUCUUGAGUCUAAGCAUCCACCCGGUCAUUUGGAACCUUUAGGAUCUCAUCAGCCGCCGCUAGGUUCGAUAGAGAUCACUGACUUCGUUCCGUCAUCUCAAGAUUUCUUCGAACAAUAUGCUCUUCCAGGUGAACCUGUGCUUUUCAAGGGAGCAGCGAAAAAGAUGCCCGCUUUUUCUAAAUGGACAGAUGAAUAUUUAAGUGAGAAUUUUGGACAAGAGGCUAUUGAUGUUGAAGAAGGUAAAAAAGAGAACAGAUCCCUUGCUACAUUUAAUUUCAAGUUGAAAGACUUUAUCAUGCGUUAUAAGAAUGAGGAUAUUUACAUGGUUGAAUCUCUUCCAGUAAAAAUGAGAGAGGAAUAUGCACUAUUAAAGAGCAUUGGUUGCGGGGGAUUUACCAAUAUGCUCCAAGAUGCUGUAGUUUGGUUCAGCAGUGGAGGAACCAAGUCAGUUCUUCACUAUGACGCUGUGGAUAACAUCAACUGCCUGUUUGAUGGAACAAAAGAGUUACUUAUGAUUAACAAGUCUCAUCUUCUGCAAGCACAUAUUGACAAGGUAAAUGGAGCAUUCUCCAGUGUUGAUGUGGAUAAAGUUGAUAUGUACAAGUUUCCAGGGUUACAGACUAUCCCUUAUUACAAGGUUCUCAUGGAACCAGGCGACUGUUUGUUCAUUCCUGCACGGUGGGUUCACCAAGUACGUUCUUAUGGACAACGCAACCUAGCUGUGAAUAUUUGGUGGGCGCAUUUUGUGAAGUUCAACCAAUCAGACUGUGAAAGUAGCCCUUACAAAGACAAAGACUUAAUUCCACUAAGUCAGUUUGACUUUCAUCCGCAAGAGGCAAUAAGGCAAGGGACUCUGCAAACCAUGGGUGAAAAACCAGUCAAUUUAGAGCAGUGGCUAGAAUUAAUCCAGGCGGAAGCAUCUGGUCGUGAGGAGGAGCUUUCACUGAUUCCAAGGGAUGUAUUAGAACAGAAUUUCCACGAAAUCGAUAGCAACAAAGAUGGUUUCGUGUCUUCAGAGGAGAUUUACGACGUCAAAUAUGAUGAGCUUGAACGACUGCUCGGCUACGUAGAGGAAGACGAAGAACAAGACGAGGAAGAUAACGUGGAUGGAACAGAGGAACAAGACACACAGCCUGAAGAAACAUCAGAACACAGCACUGAGGGAAAAACUGAUAACACAGAUCACAACCAUAUGGAACUGUGAUAGCCUCUUACUUAGUUGCUGCGUAGGCAUUCAGGACAAAGGAGCCGUGUUACAAUAUUUUAAGUCAUUUUUUGGUGUGAAAAGUACGUUCACAUUGAAGAAAACCUAAAAAUGCCGUAAUAUUUUGGUAAGGUACUGAAGAAAAACACCAAAGAAUUAAGAAUAAAUCGGCAGAGACAAAAUUGAAAAAAUUGGUUAAUUCUUUGUAGUUGUUCCACUGUGACGAAGUUCGUUUAAACAGGAAAGCUUUAGCUAGCUUUGCAGCCCAGCCAGGUUAUCUCCCGAAUUCCUACACAAGACGAAUAACCUAUUAUUGAAAUGGUCUAACUUCGAUAAAUGCUAUUAGAUAAAUUCUAUUGACAUGCAUUUGGCGAGUAUUAGAGAUUCUUAUAUUUUGAGGGAAAAGCUGAUAACACUGAUAUCUACACGUUUUAGAGUUCCCUCCCUUUCCUUGUAAGUCUAACCCGUGCCCCAGGCAGGCUUUUAAAUUAGACCAUGGAUUAAACAGGAAAAAGUAGUAUAUUUAAUGAAAAGAGGUAUUUAAUUACGGAAGGCUAUAAAGAGUUCAAAGCAGUGCAUAUUGUUGUUCCAUGUUGUAAGAAAAUAUAGAUCAUUUUUGUCUUGCGGAAAGUUAAAACUUUCAGUUGUAAAGUAAUGUCUUAGUAAUAAAGAACAUUAAAGGUUA